AUGAAAUUCGAUGCGAACAUGGCACCGAGCACGAAUACCAGAGUAUUGGUUUUACGCAAUAGCCACGACCAAACUUCUGGACUAGCGAAGAAGGAUUCUGGAGGGCAUGCGCAGGUAUACGGACUCGCAUUUGCAGACACUGCCAUCACGCAAUGGAAGCAUGCCAUCUUAAGGCACUCUCAGCCUAGGAGGCGGGUGACAACUCGACAGCUUUCCCCAUCUCCCCAACACCCACCGCAUACACCCCUGGUUACCUCGGUGUACUCGACUUUGUGUUCGGCCCUGUUCUUCAUCGUUGCUUUGGUUCAACCAAAGUACGGUCGCAUCGUCUCCAAAGACGGACGCUUUUCGCCAUCCUCGGCUGCCCUGUUGACGCAAUUCAUAGCGAAGACAAUCGAGUUGUCUUUUGUCAUGGUCUUUUUGGUCUUUAUUGGACAGGUUCUGUCUAGGCGAGCGAGUCAGCAAAAGGGCAUCAACUUGGCGAGUAUUGCAAUGCGCUCGUGGAUUCUGUAA